CUUAGUGACCGGCAGGGCAGCUUCGUAGCGUACAUCCAGAGACUCAGGAACGCAACCAACCAUGAUCUCUCACUUGUCCAACAAUGCAAGAUACAGGUUUGCACGGCACUCUGGGGGAGCGGUAAUCCAGAUAUAUCGGGGAUGUCGGUCGGGUACAUUUGCUCGAGCAUACUGGGUGCUGGAUUGGCAGUGUUCUACGUGCUCUCUAUUAGACCGAAGAUGAAGAAGCUCGCACUCAAGUUGCUAUCUUGCUUCGAUGAUUGUGCCACAUUCUUCACUUUCUCGAUACAGAUUGCCAGUAUUGUUGUCCUAGCAAGAGUCGACUAUGGCGUCUCAGCUGCUUCUAUGGGCGAUGUGACAGUACGAACAACUUGGACGGUGUCUGCCUUGACGCUCUUACCCUUGAUGUACAGCCUCCUGCUCGCCGGAUUGCCGCAAAUUGGAGCCAACACACAGUUCACCAAAUCUGCCGCCGAACCAUUUCUCUCCAACAACAUUCGUCGCGAUAUUCUUUUCAGUAUCUGCUGGGUAUGCUCGGUGUAUCCAACUUUGAGCCGAAUGAUUGAGAGCUUCGCGGACAGUGUGAUUGGGGACAAGCCAAGCGACAUCCUCACCACAAAGGAAUGGAGAGUUUUGCAAGAUAUCUGCCUAUCACAAACAUCUCCGCCGAGCGUAGCAGAAUACCGACUCAUGAACGCAUUCGGGAUCAUGGCUCCCUUGCUCACCUCUCUGUUCGCAGUCAGCAAGAUCGUCAUGGCAGGACUCCAUAGGCAUCACGACCACAAAUUACAACGGCACCACGAUCUUAUGAAAAUUGUGCAGCAGCCCCUUGAUUAUCUCAGACGACUUUUACUCGUUUGCGUGCCUAUUCUUUCUAUCGGUUUAAUCUGGUCUUACUUCAGGCUGCAAAGCUUUCAGGCAAACAUUACCCAAGCUCUUAGUACGCAAAACUCUGACAGCGAAUGGGGCUUUGGCCAGGUGGUCUCUGUCGUCGUAUUCCUCCCUGUCAUCGUGGAAGUUUUUUUCAGCUGGCAUGAGCAACAAGAAGAACCUGCUGGAGAACACAAUCUGGUCCAAGAGCCAACCGAGGAGGCGGUGGAAUCCGGUUUAUCAUGUUAUAUCUCGCAAGAUGAUAUCGAUGAGGCCCCUGGAGAACAUACCAGUGCGGAAAAGUCUUUGUCGAACACGGCGACAUUACUUAAGUGGAGACAGACGAUG